CUCACGGAAGACAUGUCCUCACUCCUAGUCUUCGCUGUAACUAAUUUUGGGUUUACGAAAUUUAUGUGCUGAAUGAAUGCUUUAUUUUUUCUUUUCCAACUCGACAUGCCUGUCUAGACUUCAAGCCUUACUAGUAGUAAAGAGAAAAUCAGAUGGAUUACGUCAAAAAACUUCAGGCAGAUUAAGAGAUUACUUACCCCUUGCUAAACGUCUGUCUUGACUGAAGUGCUGGGAGGGUUAGAAUCUGGCCUUGAGUGGAGAAAGGAGGGCCACCCCUUCCUCUAUUUUGUCCAGGAGGUUUUCCACUCCUAGUCAAAUGGUGGUGCUAGUUCUUUAUUUUUGAGCUACUGCAUUUCCUAAUUUCAUGGUCAUAAUAGCCUCCUGUCUACUGCCUCAGAACGAGUUCACCAAAACAGAAAAUGCAGCUCCAUGCUCAGAAGCUCCUUAACGGGUUCGAAAGGUUACUGUUGCUUUCUUUCUCUUGUCCAUUCUAUAGCAUAAGAAGACAGUCUUUGAGUGAUAUUCUUCUCUUCAAGUGGCGGGUCGGCUGCUGAGCCCUCUGCCGCGCGGGGAGUCGGUCUGCGCCUUGCCCGCGGCCCCGGACCAUGACCAUGACCCUCCACACCAAAGCGUCCGGAAUGGCCCUGUUGCACCAGAUCCCGGGGAACGAGCUGGAGCCCCUCAACCGUCCGCAGCUCAAGAUCCCCCUGGAGCGGCCCCUGGGCGAGGUUUACGUGGACAGCAGCAAGGCCCCCGUGUACAACUACCCCGAGGGCGUCGCCUACGACUUCAACGCCGCGGCCGCCGCCUCCGCGCCCGUCUACGGCCAGGCCGACCUGGCCUACGGCCCCGGGUCCGAGACGGCGGCGUUCGGCGCCAACGGCCUGGGGGCCUUCCCGCAGCUCAACAGCGUGUCUCCCAGCCCGCUGAUGCUGCUGCACCCGCCGCCGCAGCUCUCGCCCUUCCUGCACCCCCACGGCCAGCAGGUGCCCUACUACCUGGAGAGCGAGCCGAGCGGCUACGCGGUGCGCGAGGCCGGCCCGCCCGCCUUCUACAGGCCAAGUUCAGAUACUCGGCGCCAGGGUGGCAGAGAGAGAUUGACCAGCACAGGUGACAAGGGAAGCAUGGCCGUGGAAUCUGCCAAAGAGACUCGCUACUGUGCAGUGUGCAAUGACUAUGCCUCAGGCUACCAUUAUGGAGUCUGGUCCUGUGAGGGCUGUAAGGCCUUCUUCAAGAGAAGUAUUCAAGGACAUAAUGACUACAUGUGCCCAGCUACCAACCAGUGUACGAUUGAUAAAAACAGAAGGAAGAGCUGUCAGGCCUGCCGGCUACGCAAGUGCUAUGAAGUGGGCAUGAUGAAAGGCGGGAUACGGAAAGACCGAAGAGGAGGGAGAAUGUUGAAACACAAGCGCCAGAGAGAUGGUGGGGAGGGCAGGAAUGAAGCAGGGCCCCCUGGAGACAUGAGAGCUUCCAACCUUUGGCCAAGCCCUCUCUUGAUUAAGCAUACUAAGAAGAACAGCCCAGCGUUGUCCCUGACGGCUGAUCAGAUGGUCAGUGCCUUGCUGGAGGCUGAGCCCCCCAUGAUCUAUUCCGACUAUGAUCCUACCAGACCCUUCAGUGAGGCUUCAAUGAUGGGCUUGCUGACCAACCUUGCAGACAGAGAGUUGGUUCACAUGAUCAACUGGGCAAAGAGGGUGCCAGGUUUUGUGGAUUUGAACCUCCAUGAUCAGGUCCACCUUCUGGAAUGUGCCUGGCUGGAGAUCCUGAUGAUCGGACUUGUCUGGCGCUCCAUGGAGCACCCAGGGAAGCUCCUGUUUGCCCCCAACUUGCUCCUGGACAGGAACCAGGGAAAAUGUGUAGAGGGCAUGGUGGAGAUCUUUGACAUGUUGCUGGCUACAUCAUCUCGGUUCCGUAUGAUGAAUCUCCAGGGAGAGGAGUUUGUGUGCCUCAAAUCCAUUAUUUUGCUUAAUUCUGGGGUAUACACAUUUCUGUCUAGCACCUUGAAGUCCCUGGAAGAGAAGGACCAUAUCCACCGUGUGUUGGAUAAGAUCACGGACACCCUGAUCCACCUGAUGGCCAAAGCAGGCAUGACUCUUCAGCAGCAGCACCGGCGCCUGGCCCAGCUCCUCCUCAUCCUCUCCCACAUCAGGCACAUGAGUAACAAAGGCAUGGAGCAUCUGUACAACAUGAAGUGCAAGAACGUGGUGCCCCUCUAUGACCUGCUGCUGGAGAUGCUGGAUGCCCACCGCCUGCACACCCCAGCCAGCCGCGGGGGUGCCCCCAUGGAGGAGAUGCCCCAGAGCCAGCUGGCUGCCACAGGCUCGGCUUCAUCACAUUCCUUGCAAACAUAUUAUAUCACUGAAGAGGCAGAGGGUUUCCCCACCACAAUCUGAGAGCUCCCUGCUUCCCCCGAGGUUCCGAGAAUCUCUGCACAUUUUACCCACAUCAUGCUUCACUGUUGCAGAAUUCUGCUCCCGCACACACUCCAGCAUGCAUCCACCACUAUGGCUUUCUGCUGAGUGGCCGUUCGUUUGCUUGCUCAGUUCUUAGUGGCACACUUUCUUUUGGGAACAGCCAAAGGGAUUCCAGGGCUAAAUUCUCUGUAAGAGCUCUGUAUCACUAGCUUUUCAUGAUUGAACUCAGUCAAUAACCUGGGGCUCAGAUGGGCAUUUAAAGCUACUUGUUGAGACCCAGGCCUGGAGAGUGGACAUUUCACCUCUGUGAAGCACUUUUUAGAGAAUCUAAGAAUAAUCCACAGGGAAGAAUUGAAAGUGGCUGCUUUAAUUGCUGACUUGGAGAAAGGUAGGUCAAGGGCCCAUUAUAGCUUCCUCUUGUAUUCCUAUAGUAGUAUGUCAUUUUAUUAAAGUAAUUCCUUAAAGCUUUUGCACUGAUGCAUGGCUGCCCCAGCAUAUUCGGUGAUUGUCUCUUCAUUUUCCCAAGGGGAAUAUAAGAUGCACACAGGGAAGGAGGGUCCUCCAAUUGUCAAAUAAACCUGUCAUCUUAAUAUAACUGCACCUUGAGAUUUGCAGAAUGUUCUCCCUCUGGCCUUUGGGAGCUAAUUCUUGGUUCCCAUGGACCGAUGUAAAACUGCAGGUCGAUCCCAGUUAAGUCACCUCCACAUCUACCAGUUUCCCUGUGAGAGUUAAAUUCUUGCUAUUUGUUUUUGUUUCAUUUUAUAAAAGAAAGCUCUUUCCCACAAGGACUUGCAGUAAAUCGACUUCAGGACCUAUUCUGGUGUAGUCUCACGCUUACCAGCAGAGGGCGCUUACAUGGCUCUUCCUGGUUUGCAACCAGCACGGAAGGUGGCUUAAAUCACGUGUAGUGUCCAGCCUGCGACUAAGGGCGGUUUCAAUGCGUGGGCACCCGGUGACACUGUUAGCCUUUGGGCACUGGUCUUAAGUCAUAUAUGUGUAUGAUUAGCACUGGUACCAGAGAACAAGGAGGGAAGCAGGUCAGAAACUCAAUAAAACUGCAAGGUCGGGGUCCAGCAAAGAGGAGGCUCCCUGCUCACGUUGCCUGGAGCCUGGUCAGACUACUCACGCCUGUGGUUCAGAGCUUAUCCAAAAGUCAGGGCUUGGCUUUGAGGCAAAAAAAAUUCCCCCAGACCUCAUUUCAUGGAACUUCUCAAGCCAGGAGAGCAACAUGAGAAUUGGGUCACGGGGAUCAUUUGACCUCUAGGCUAAACAAGACAGGCUCACUCCAGGCACAGGACAGCCUUCCCGGGAGGGCCGGGCCUUCCAUCUCUAAAGCAGUGAUGGGUUAUUUCCUCUUUUCAGCUAAAAGGAGUUUGCUUGGUUUCUUCUGGUGACCUCAGUGUCUGUCAUCUGAAUCCCACUGAGAGGUGUGUUAGCCAACAACCCAGCUAAGUUUCUAGGGCUUCUCUUGGAAUAUUUCAAAAAGCAGAUUUCCUUUAUCACUGAUUACCCAGUAAGAAGGGGUCACCGAAGGACUGGGAACCUGGGAGGGCCAAAAAUGAAACAAAACUUUUCAUGUAUGUGCAUCUAAAUUUGGGGGCAGUUUUAUGUAUCUGCUGUUAAGAAUGUGUUUAGAACAUAAUUUUGGUUUUGUUUUUGUUUAAGAAUCACCUUAUAAAGUAUAAUAUAUAUUUUUUGAAAUUGCAAUGCUUGUUUAUCAGACAAUUGAAUGUAAUUCCGUUCUGGAUUUAAUUUUACUGGGUUAACACACAAAACCAACAACAAAUAUUUAGUUUUUUUGUAUAGCUACCUUGUCACGUAUGUGUAGUCAAUGAUGCCUAAAGCCUGGUGAUUAUUCAUUUAAAUGAAGAUCACAUUUCAUAUCAACUUUUAUAUCCACAGUAGACAAAAUAGCACUAAUCCAGAUGCCUAUUGUUGGAUACUGAAUGAUAGACAAUCUUAUGUAGCAGAGAUUAUGCCUGAAAAGGAAAAUAAUUCAGGGCAGCUAAUUUUGCUUUACCAAAAUAUCAGUAGUAAUAUUUUUGGACAGUACCUGAUGGGUCAGUGGGUUCUUUUUAAUGUUUAUACUUAGAUUUUCUUUUAUAAAAAUAAAAACAAAAAAAAAAAUUCUAGGACUAUAGAUGAUGUAAUACCAGCUAAAUCCAAACAAUAAUACAGUGGAGGGUUUUACAUUAUUCAUCUAACGUGUUCAUAUUCAUGUUAAGAAACUACUACAUUUGAAAUGGGCAGGGAAUACCAGAUGGUUGGAAUGGUAGCCCAGGGGUCUCAAAGAAUUUUAGAAAUCUCUUUUUUUUUUCUUGUUUCAAGUGCCACUAAUGGACAGCUAAUACUUUGCAGCUUAUGUGGCUGUUGGGUGCAGAAGCAUGCUGUAUUCCCUGCGCCCCAACCCCACUCCCACUCUGAGGCAAUUUACAGUUUGAAAGACAUGAUCAACCUGGGGCUUUAAGGCAGGGUGGGGAGGUGGGUUCAGAAAUUUGUAGAGUGGGGAAUACAGAAAUGAGAGUCAUGGAAGUAUUUUGAGACAGUUCAAUACUGGCGCCUGGAGUAUGCUACUGACACCCUGCAAGCCACAAAUAACUAGCAUUAUCUGACAGCCAUUGCUAUGAUGGCAGCUUGAGUUGUAAGGAAGAACAAAUGCCAUUGGCAGUACAGUCCAGGGAAUAGUUAGUAGUCUGUGUUCCUUUUAGCCAUCGCCUAGCUCCAGGAUUGCAGUAAUGACUGUAAUUCUGUCAUGCAACAAUCAGAAAGGCUAGUUCAUCCAAAGAGAAGACACUAUAUAGGGUGCAAGAAUCCAGUCCUUAAGGAAGUGCAGUCAUUUAUUAGAGCUCCCUAUUAACUGCAAGUAUGUUUAAUCAUGCCAUAUCCCAUGACUUUUGGGGAGCUGAACAAAUAAGGGACUUAAUUUACUUGAGAUCACAUUAAAGUGUUCUUGCAUUAAAACCUGUUACACUGAAAUGGCCAUUGAUUUAGAGUAUCCUAAAUUCCAAACACCUUGCUAUUCAUAAUUCCCAUCUCUCGGAUGGAUUGUGGAUACUGGGAAUGAGCAGUAGGACCAUAGCAACGUCUAAUCUUCACAGGCAAAUCUGCUGCAGCAAACUAGUUAUUUGAAAGGCAGAUAGAGUCACACAGCAGUUUGUGAGCAACCAUUAUUCCCUUGGUGCAGGUCUUGGUAGGAUGACCCAGAUUACACUGCACUCUUACUAGGUGAACCCCUGAAAACUUACUUCAAUGAGAGCAAAUGAAUUUAACUGUGGUCCUAAAUCUACAUCUUUUCAUUAGUGUGAUACCUCUGUUUUCUAACUGCAUUUCCUUUCCAUUUGGAUUAAAGCAAGUGUGGCCUCUUUCUAAGUAAUUUAAAAUUGUUUUCUAAGCAACUGCUGCCUCUAUUACAGCACUUCAAUUUUGCACUGUCUUUCAGAGAUUGAAGAAAAAUUUCUAGUAUUUUUUUUUUUUUUGCAUCCAAAUGUGCCUGAACUUUUUAACUGUGUCAAUGCUGCCAUGUUCCACACCCAUCUUCAGUGUGUUUUGUACAGAGCUGUGCACCUUGCAAAUAGCACACAGCCCCGUGAGCAGGUACCUGAGUCACGGACCCCUUUGAAUUCACAAAGAGGUCAUUGGUCAUGGAGACUUGAAUUAAUAAAUGACAUUAUGACAGUUUAUAUUCACAGUUGAUAAACAAUGCUUUUUGUGCACUACAUAUUCUUCAGUGUGAAGCUCUUGUGUUACGGGAAAAGGCUCACGUGCCAAAGUGUGUUUGGAUUAAUAUGCCCUUUUGCUUAUGCCUACUAUUACUGAUGUGACUCUGCUUUGCUUUAAUGAAACACAUUUGUAAACCUCUUUUGCACCUCUAAAAAGUAAAGAGUCCAGUGGGAUGCUCAAGCACCUGUAAACAAUUUUCUCAACCUAUUUGAUGUUCAAAUAAAAAAAUAAAUGAAAAACAA